AUGGAGAAAGGGGCGCCCUUGGGACUGCCUCGCCUGUGCGUGCUGUGGACGGCGGUGCUGUGGGAAGUCUGCCGCUGCGGCGCCCACGCCAACUGGAUGUGGCUGGGUAUUGCCUCCUUUGGUGUCCCAGAGAAAUUGGGUUGUGGUAACCUGCCGCUGAAUGGUCACCAAAAGGACCUGUGCAAGAAGAAGCCCUACCUCCUGCACAGCAUCCGAGAAGGAGCACGCUUGGGCAUCCGUGAAUGCCAGAGCCAAUUCAGACAUGAACGGUGGAACUGUCUACUCUCUCCGGAUACAGUGCCUGCACUUUCCACUAAUCCUUCAUCCAUCUCCGCCUCUCCUGCUUUCUCCGUCUUUGGCUAUGAGUUGAGCAGCGGUACCAAAGAAACAGCAUUUAUCUAUGCUGUGAUGGCAGCUGGCCUAGUGCAUUCAGUGACACAUUUAUGCAGUACAGGGAACCUGACUGACUGCGCCUGUGAUUCCAUGUUACAAAACGGUGGUUCAGCCAGAGAAGGCUGGUACUGGGGUGGAUGUUCUGAUGAUAUCCAGUAUGGAAUGUGGUUGAGCAGAAAGUUCUUAGAUGGUCCAACAAAAAACAUCAGCAGAAAAGAUAGAAAUGGAUUGAUGCUCAUGAAUCUGCAUAAUAAUGAAGCAGGAAGGCUGGCAGUAGCAAAACUGAUGUCCAUCGACUGUCGCUGUCACGGCCUAUCUGGUUCUUGUGCUCUGAAAACUUGCUGGAGAACCAUGUCAUCCUUUGCAAAAGUUGGAAGUUUUUUAAAAGAAAAGUAUGAGAACAGCAUCCAGAUUUCUGACAGACAAAGACGAAAAAUACGCAGGAGAGAAAAAAGCCAGCGCAGCAUCCCAAUCCAGAAAGAAGACCUCCUCUAUAUCAACAGAUCGCCCAACUACUGUACGGAAGAUCGCAAACUGGGGGUCUCUGGGACACAAGGGCGGGAAUGCAACCGCACAUCUGCUGGACCGGAUGGAUGCAACCUCCUCUGCUGUGGCCGUGGAUAUAACACACAGGUGGUCAGGCACGUGGAGAGAUGUGAGUGCAAAUUUGUUUGGUGUUGCUAUGUACGCUGCAGAAGAUGUGAGACUGUGACUGAUGUUCAUACUUGCAAAUAA